AUGUUUUCAAAAGUAAGUACUGAAAAUGAACAAAGCUUGGCUGCUUCAUAUGAAGUUUCAUUACAAUUAGCCAGAGCUAAAAAACCAUUUAGUGAUGGAGCUUUAAUAAAAAAAUGCGCAGUUGAAAUGGCUAAACGCUUUAUGCAGCCGAAAUUAGCGGAAAAGUUUGAAUCUGUUGCAUUAUCUCACCAAACGGUGGCGCGACGAAUAGAGGACAUGGGUAAUUAUAUUACGAAAAGUUUAUGUGAUUACUUUGUAGAUUGCGAAUAUUAUUCAAUAUGUUUGGAUGAAAGUACCGACCAGACCGAUGUCAGUCAAUUAAUAAUCUUCAUACGUUGCAUUUCCAAAGAUUUUACAAUCACGGAAGAAAUGCUGGAUUUAAUACCAUUUCAUGGAACAACUAAAGGCAGUGAUAUAUUUGAAGCAGUUAACAAAACUAUUGUAGAAUAUGGAGGAUUUCGUAAGUGUUCUUGUAUUGUGACCGACGGGGCAAAAGCUAUGACCGGAAAAGUGACAGGAUUUGCGGGACUUCUAAUACAAAAUGGCAUUGAUUGCCCGUUGUUCCAUUGUAUCAUACACCAAGAAGCCUUGUGUGGAAAAUCGUUGCGUCAAAUGAAUGCUAUGAAAGUUGUUAUAAGGAUAACCAAUUUGAUUAGAGGUGGAAACAGAUCAUUGACACAUAGAAAAUUUAGAGACUUCUUAUGUGAAAUCGAUGCAAACUAUGGAGAUUUACUAUUGCAUUCAGAAAUCAGAUGGCUAAGUGCUGGCCAGUGCUUGCAACGCUUUUUUGCCUUACGAAAAGAAAUACCUUUAUUUCUAAAAAAUGAGAUAUCGUCUGACACUUCUGAACUACAAGAUAAAAUGCGAGAUCCUCAGUUUCUGGCUGAUCUUGCGUUUUUAACUGAUAUGACGCAACAUUUGAAUGAGUUAAAUUUAAAAUUGCAAGGUGCUCCAGGAGGAAGUAACUCCCAGCAGAUAGCGCUGAGACAGCAGGCGCUCAGUGAGGCGUGGCGGUCACUGCGAGGUGCUGCAGACCUUAGGAGGAAACUGCUGCACCAACACCUGGAAUUACAGACCUUCCUAUCCGAGGAGAACGCUGCAAAGGCUAACGUUCUUAAAGAACUCCUCUGCCAGCGGACUUCGGUUAUAGGGCAGAGAAUUUACCCUCCUAUGAGGGAGAAUUACAGAAAAUAUUUAGCCCCGAGGAAAAGAACAUAG